ACAUUCAAAUCACUCGGAUAAAAGUUCAAAAUCAAAUUUAAAAAAAAAAAUCCCAGAAAUAUGAGGAGUUCAUUUGGUUUGCUAGUCUCUAUGUUGGUUAGCUUUGUAUUAGUUGCUUCUGCUGCCAACUUUUACCAGGACUUUGAUAUUACUUGGGGAGAUGCUCGAGGUAAGAUACUGAACAACGGCCAGCUUCUCACUCUCACCCUGGACAAAUUCUCUGGCUCAGGUUUCCAAUCCAAGAAUGAGUAUCUCUUUGGGAAGAUUGAUAUGCAGUUGAAGCUUGUUCCUGGCAACUCUGCUGGGACUGUUACUGCGUACUAUCUACGUUCACAAGGGUUGAUAUGGGAUGAAAUCGACUUUGAAUUCUUGGGGAACCUUAGUGGUGAGCCUUACAUAGUUCACACAAACGUAUUUAGCCAGGGCAAAGGUGACAGAGAGCAACAGUUUUACCUUUGGUUCGACCCCACUAAAGAUUUCCAUACCUACUCUGUUCUUUGGAACCCUCAACGCAUUAUCUUCUCUGUUGAUGGCACUCCAAUUAGAGAGUUCAAGAACUUGGAAUCCAUUGGCGUUCCAUUCCCAAAGAAGCAGCCCAUGAGGAUAUAUUCUAGUCUGUGGAACGCCGAUGACUGGGCUACUCGAGGUGGCCUUGUCAAGACAGACUGGAGCAAAGCUCCUUUCACUGCUUCAUACAGAAAUUUCAAGGCUGAUGCUUGUGUUUGGUCUCAAGGCAAAUCUUCUUGUUCUUCAAGCUCAGGUUCUAGAUACGCUUGGCUGUCACAAGAACUUGAUGCAGCAAGCCAACAACGGCUGAAAUGGGUGCAGGAGAAAUACAUGAUUUACAACUACUGCACGGACACCAAGCGAUUUUCUCAGAGCCUCCCUAAAGAAUGCACUGCUCACUAAUGCACAAAGGCAGAUAUUGUUCAAAUUAAACCUUAGAUGCAAGUAUAAAUUCACCAAUGUUUCCUUUUCCCCCCUCCUACUAUAGUUGUUGUUUCAUUCUAUGUUUUUUUUUUUUAAUAAAACCUGUAAUAUAAGCUCGCUAAUGUUAAAUUCCAAAUAUUAUAUGGUCUACUCUGUUUUUCACUGAGGAGACAGAUACUUCAUCCUUA